UUGCCUGCGCUCCGCGCGCGGCUCCGAGCGUCCCGUCCCGCCAGCGGCCUCGAGACCCGAGCAGCUAGGGAACAAACCGCAGCGGUCCAGGGAUCCCCGAGCGCAGCGUUGAGCCAGGGUACGCUUCGAGGACCCGCGCAGCCCCGCUCGGUCUCCGGGCCCUAGUCAGACAGCCAGGCAAGCGCAGCGCCACCCGGCCGAGCCCAGCGCAACGCUCCGUAGCCUAGCGCGCGCCUCCGCCCGCGCCCCGCACCGGGGAAUGCGCCCUCGGCGCGCAGGCCAGGGGGCGCCCGCAGCCCGCCCCGGGGGAGGCGGCCCCGAGCGCCCCUGAGCCUUUCCAUGGCCCGGGCUAGGGCCCGGGGCCUCGGCUGCUGACGUGCACGAAGCCAGGGGAACCAGUGAAGCCGAGUCCGCGGUGCGGAUCCCGGCUCAGCCUCAGAGACAAGAGGGCGCGGACAGGGCCGUGGCCCCGGGGGGCAGCUAAAGCGGACCGGCCCGACGCGAACCUCUCCGCUGCUGCGGCGGCCACCGCUGCCCGGGCGCCCAGGCCCCGCCGCCGUGGACGAGGUGUCCACAGAACUGGAGCCUGCUUCCUGGGCCCCAGGCCCCUCCCACGAUGCUUGUCACUGCCUUCAUCCUCUGGGCUUCCCUGCUGACCGGGGCCUGGCCCGCUACCCCCAUCCAGGACCAGCUUCCAGCCACACCUAGAGUCCGACUGUCAUUCAAAGAACUUAAGGCCACUGGUACUGCCCACUUCUUCAACUUUCUGCUCAACACUACAGACUACAGAAUCCUGCUCAAGGACGAGGACCAUGACCGCAUGUACGUGGGCAGCAAGGACUACGUGCUGUCCCUGGACCUGCAUGACAUCAACCGAGAGCCCCUUAUUAUCCACUGGGCAGCCUCCCCACAGCGCAUUGAGGAGUGCAUACUGUCAGGCAAGGACGGCAACGGAGAGUGUGGGAACUUCGUCAGGCUCAUCCAACCCUGGAACCGGACACACCUGUAUGUGUGCGGGACCGGCGCCUACAACCCCAUGUGCACCUAUGUGAACCGUGGCCGUCGCGCACAGGCCCUACCGUGGACCCAGAUGCAGGUGGUCAGAGGCCGAGGCAGCAGGGCCACCGAUGGUGCCGACCGCCCGACGCCCACAGCCCCACGCCAGGAUUACAUCUUCUACCUGGAGCCUGAGAAGCUCGAGUCAGGGAAGGGCAAAUGCCCCUAUGACCCCAAGCUGGACACAGCCUCGGCCCUCAUCAAUGAGGAACUCUAUGCAGGAGUGUACAUCGAUUUUAUGGGCACCGAUGCAGCCAUUUUCCGCACACUCGGGAAGCAGACAGCCAUGCGCACAGAUCAGUACAACUCCCGGUGGCUCAAUGAUCCUUCAUUCAUACACGCUGAGCUCAUUCCUGACAGCGCGGAACGCAAUGAUGAUAAACUCUACUUCUUCUUCCGAGAGCGCUCGGCAGAGGCGCCACAGAACCCUGCUGUGUAUGCCCGCAUCGGGCGCAUCUGCCUUAACGACGACGGUGGCCAUUGCUGCCUGGUCAACAAGUGGAGCACAUUCCUGAAGGCUCGGCUCGUCUGCUCUGUGCCAGGCGAGGAUGGUAUUGAGACCCACUUCGAUGAACUCCAGGAUGUGUUUGUCCAGCAGACCCAGGACGUCAGGAACCCAGUCAUUUAUGCUGUCUUUACCUCUUCAGGCUCUGUGUUCCGAGGGUCUGCAGUGUGUGUCUACUCCAUGGCUGAUAUCCGCAUGGUCUUCAAUGGGCCUUUUGCUCACAAGGAGGGCCCCAACUAUCAGUGGAUGCCCUUCUCAGGAAAGAUGCCCUAUCCUCGGCCUGGCACAUGCCCUGGCGGAACCUUCACGCCCUCGAUGAAGUCCACUAAGGACUACCCUGAUGAAGUGAUCAACUUCAUGCGCACUCAUCCGCUCAUGUACCAGGCCGUCUACCCGCUGCAGCGGCGACCCCUGGUGGUCCGGACAGGCGCUCCCUACCGCCUCACCACUGUCGCUGUAGACCAGGUGGAUGCAGCUGAUGGACGCUAUGAGGUGCUUUUCCUGGGCACAGACCGCGGGACAGUGCAGAAGGUCAUCGUGCUGCCCAAGGACGACCAGGAGGUGGAAGAGCUCAUGCUAGAGGAAGUGGAGGUCUUCAAGGAACCGGCACCGGUUAAGACCAUGACCAUCUCUUCCAAGAGGCAACAACUGUAUGUGGCCUCAGCCGUGGGUGUCACACACCUGAGCCUGCACCGCUGCCAGGCCUAUGGAGCUGCCUGUGCUGACUGCUGCCUCGCCCGCGAUCCCUACUGUGCCUGGGAUGGCCAGUCCUGCUCUCGCUACACAGCAUCCUCCAAGAGGCGGAGUCGCCGGCAAGACGUCCGCCAUGGGAACCCCAUCAGGCAGUGUCGUGGUUUCAAUUCCAAUGCAAACAAGAAUGCUGUCGAGUCUGUGCAGUACGGAGUGGCCGGCAGCGCGGCUUUCCUGGAGUGUCAGCCCCGAUCACCUCAAGCCACUGUUAAGUGGCUGUUCCAGCGAGACCCCAGUGAUCGACGCCGUGAGAUUCGCGCAGAGGACCGCUUCCUGCGUACAGAGCAGGGGCUGUUGCUUCGCGCCCUGCAGCUUGGUGACCGCGGCCUCUACUCCUGCACGGCCACUGAGAACAACUUCAAGCACAUCGUCACGCGGGUGCAGCUGCAUGUACUGGGCCGGGACGCCGUCCAUGCUGCCCUCUUCCCCCCACUGGCUGUGAGCGUCCCUCCACCUCCUGGCACAGGCCUUCCAACGCCUCCUUACCAGGAGCUGGCCCAGCUCCUAGCCCAGCCGGAAGUGGGCCUCAUCCAUCAGUACUGCCAGGGUUACUGGCGCCAUGUGCCCCCCAGCCCCAGGGAGGCCCCAGGAGCACUUAGGCCUUCUGAACUCCAGGACCAGAAAAAGCCGAGGAACCGCCGCCACCACCCUCCGGACACAUGAGGCCAGCUGCUGGAGGCCUGCAUAGGACCAGCCUAGCCCCUCAUCCCUUUUAAUAUAAAAGAUAUAUAUAUAUAUAAAAAUAUCUAUAUUCUAUACAUACCCUACCCCUGCAAAGACAGUAUUUAUUGGUGGGUUGUAUAUAGCCUGCCUCGGUGGCAGCAUUAUCCGGAACUUAGACCCGUGUUGGUCAGCAAUGGCACAUGACUGAGCAAUGCCCAGCCCGGCCUAGGGAGUUGCCAGGCCCAGCCCGAGACCACACAGUCCCCAGACUCCAUGGAGACUCCUUGCUGAAGAGCUGUCAAGAUCUACAAAACACAGGGAGGGAGCCCUGCUUGUCAAGGCAUGGACCGCAUGCCUUUGCUGAUGCGCUUUGUCAUCUGUGCCUUGGCAUAGAUGUGGACACCAGGAUCGCUGUGGAGUCUGGGGUGGGGGGCUCAGGGCACUCGGAGGAGGGAGAAAGGGGCCAUCCCAGGAGACAGGCCCCUGCCUGGGUCAGAGGUGCCCAGUCAAGGCCAACCUUUCCCAGGUAUUUAUUCCCUAUUUAUUGGGGACAGAAGAGAAGUCUGUCAGGGUGAGGCAGAACCUUCUCUUCUCCCUUCAUUGCCUGUCCUGGCAGGUCCAGCCCACUCUACCUCCUUAGCUUUUCCUAUGCCACCUUUACUCAUGGGUGGGGCUGGGUGCAGGCAUGGCUUAAAAGAAACCCCAGCCCUGAGGAUACAUUGGCCGUGGUGGAGGCCCAGGGCCUGCCUGGCAUCCCCGAGGCUCCCUUCUGCCCUCUGCCUCAGGUAAUGGGUGUAACUAGCUCUGGAGGCAGUUGGGUAGAUGGGGGGGGGGGUGCCCUGCAGCCUCUGCUACCCAGGCCACAGCCACUCUUGGGUUCCAUCUUGCUAAUAAAUGCUGGCUCUGGGACUAGA